UCUCGCGAUACUUGGCGAUAUGAGCAUAUUUUCCCACAUCACGUGACGUGGGCAGGAUAUUUGAUGCGGCUUCAUUUCGGUGGACGGUUCGAACGUUUGACCCUGUGUUGGAGCUCCAUGUGUCUGCUGUAACAUAUGAAAUCAUCAGCGCGGAAAAUGAUGAAGAUAGAGCAAGUCGUCGUUGGCAGUGAGGGGAAACCCGCCCCAAAGGAGAUCAAAAAGGAGAUCGUGGUUGGCCCUGUGCAGUCAUAUCAACAUGAGAAUCUGCAGUGUUUCCUGUGUUUCAUUACCUUCUGUAACUCCAAAGCAAAGGAAAGACACAUGAGGAAGAGUCAUAGGGAACUGUACAAGAUGCAGCUGCAGGAGACUGAUACUAUCUUCACUUGUUACCAGUGUGACAAAAGCUUUUCUUCCUCUGAAUUGCUCAGCGCGCACCAAGCCACCCACAGCAAAGAGGAGAAACCUUUUCGCUGUGGCUACUGCCAGAAACACUUUUUAACCUACACUGAGGUGAACAAACACAGACGACUUGACUGCAUAGAGCGACGGUUUCCCUGCCAGGAUUGUGGCGCCUUGUUUCCCAGUCCUGCAAGAGCUCGCCACCAUCGCGCCACAACGCAUUCCCAGGGCGCCGUAGUGGCUGAGAGUACCAACACCUAUCAGUGCUGUAAAUGUAGUGGUAGUUUUAAUACAGAAGAGGACCUCCUGCUGCACCAAGAGAAAUUUGCAAACAGUGUCAACUGUGACCUGAAACCCCCAAGCAAAAAGCGUGGUCGUAAACCGAAGAGCACAGCUCAAGGAGGGAUUGUUGACAGCAAGAAGAUCAAAUUGGAAUUGGAAGAAGGAUACAUUGACUCAACAUCAGAGGGGUGUCAAUCUGAUGAGCAGAAAACAGAGCUCCAGAUCCCCUGUCCCGAAGAAAGCUGUGACCUCAUGUUCUCUUCUGUUACAGCCCUGCGGGCACACAAGAGAGGGGAUCAUGGACCUUCCUCUUACAAGCCUCACACAUGCACCGAAUGCGACGCGAGCUACGCUCAACCCGAGCAGCUCCAAGCACACAUGUCCAAGGCUCACUGCUCUGAAUACACCUGCCCCACCUGUGGAGAGAGCUUUGUAUCAGAGGGUCAUCUAAAGAUUCACCAGGACACCCACACUGAGGGAGAGGAGGGAACAAAAAACAGAUAAUACAAGGGAAAAAGACUCCAAUACAUCCUACUUCAGUUAGACAAUUGUCAGAGUAUUUCUGCCAUACUCUCCUCUGUGUAGGUAGUUAGGUGAAUAAUAUAGUAUGUGAGUAUUUGAGGGGAUGUUAUGCAACAUUUGAAUUUUGGAGGUUGAUUCAGGAGUGCUGUUUUUUAAUGCUUUUAGAAUGAUGUCCUCCAGGUGUGACUAAGACUCUGUACUGAUCUGUAUAUAGCUAUGAAUGAUGUUCACCAUGAGCUUAUGUCGAAAGGGCUUUUCUGCUGUUUGUAUUAUCUCUGUUAUACCAGUGAUGAUUUUUAUUCAGUGAAGAUGAAUCGGUUAAUGCUCACUCAUUUGUGGGAAUAUAUUGUUUUCAACUGUUUUACUUUAUUUUCAGGGAAACCCAUUAAGGCUACAGUUGCACAGAGAAUGUAAUUCCUAAACAAUAUACAACUCAAAAUCCAAUAAAUGGUCCACGCUAAGGAUGCUAAACUCUUGAAUAUAACCAUGGAGUUUCUCAUUCCAAAAGUAAAGAGUUGUUGCAUUGAACAAUA